UUCUUCAUGUAGUUUCAUCGCAGUAGGACAGUUGAGUCUCAGCACUUCUGAUCUACAAGCCACCCAGCCUGCAAACAACCAGCCAACCAUGAGCCAGUCAUACUCCUCCUCAGCCCAGACUGCCUCCUCAUACCGGCGCACCUUUGGCUCUGGAGUUGGUGCUUCACCAAUGACAUCCCUCUUCUCCUCUCUCGGAGGAGGCAGCAGGUCUUCCUCCAGCCACAAGUUAUCCAGCGCCUAUGAGGUCAAGAGUCGCGGUGUUCCUUCCUACUCUAGCUUCAGAGCAUCUGGUGUUGGUGGAGCUGGCUUGAGCUCCUCUACUUCCAUGCGCACCUAUGCUGGAGAGAAGCUUGACUUCAACUUGGCAGAUGCCAUGAACCAAGACUUCCUCAACACAAGGACAAACGAGAAGGCCGAGCUCCAGCACCUCAACGACCGCUUCGCCAGUUACAUCGAGAAGGUGCGCUUUCUGGAGCAGCAGAAUGCGGCGCUAUCGGUGGAGAUCGAGAAGCUGAGGGUGCGUGAGGGGCCGGGGCGCGUGGCUGAGAUGUAUGAGGAGGAGAUGAGGGAGCUGAGGAGACAGAUUGAGGUCCUCUCCAGCCAACGCGCCAGAGUGGAGGUGGAAAGAGACAACCUGGCUGAUGAUCUGCAGAAACUGAAGCUAAGACUGCAAGAAGAGAUCCACCAGAAGGAAGAGGCUGAGAACAACCUGACUGCUUUUAGAGCCGAUGUCGACAGUGCCACUCUGGCCAGGCUGGACCUGGAAAGGCGCAUUGAAAGCCUGCAGGAAGAGAUCGCCUUCCUUAAGAAGAUCCACGAGGAGGAGAUCCGAGAGCUCCAGAACCAGAUGCAGGACACCCAGGUGCAGGUCCAGAUGGACAUGUCCAAGCCUGACCUGACAGCUGCUCUGAGGGACAUCCGCGUCCAGUACGAAGCCAUAGCUGCGAAAAACAUUGCAGAGGCUGAAGAGUGGUACAAGUCCAAGGUUUCUGAUUUGAACCAAGCUGUGAACAAGAACACUGAUGCCCUGCGCCAGGCCAAGCAGGAGUCCAUGGAGUACAGACACCAGAUUCAGUCCUACACCUGCGAGGUCGACUCCCUCAAAGGCACUAAUGAGUCUUUGCUGCGCCAGAUGAGAGAAAUGGAGGACCGUGUGGGCCGUGAGGCUUCUGGUUACCAAGAAACUAUUGCAAGGCUGGAGGAAGACAUUGCUAAGAUGAAGGAUGACAUGGCUCGCCACCUGAGGGAGUACCAGGACCUCCUGAAUGUGAAGAUGGCCCUCGAUAUUGAAAUCGCCACAUACCGCAAACUGCUGGAAGGAGAAGAGAGCAGGAUAACUACAUCUGUGCCUCUCCAGUCUGCCUAUUCCUCCAUAGGAUUCAGAGAGACCAGCCCUGAAUCCCAACAUCAGCGUGCAUCAGAGGUUCACUCCAAAAAGACUGUUCUCAUCAAGACCAUCGAGACCCGAGACGGAGAGGUUGUCAGUGAAUCCACACAACAUCAGCAAGACAUCAUGUAAAGAAGCAAGAAAAGAGAAGUGUUCAAAUCAAGUGAACAAAAAA